AAACAACACCCUGCCUUCUUAGAUAUCUAGGCUGGCAUGCAAAUGCUGAUGAUAUCCUUUCGACCGAAGGGGCCUACUCCUUUGGGAUUCUUAAGAUUCAAGUAUCCUUAACUGGUCACCCCAAUUAUAUGAAACGAAGAAAAGGAGUAGGAAAGAACACACAACACACACCCGGAGAACGAGGUAGGGCAGAAAGGUAGGACUCUCAUCUAAGGUUUGCCUUAAUGGCCCAAGAAUUGCCCACCACUGCUAAUGUGAGUUGGAAUUUGCUGGACCAUCAAUUGAGCCAGCCCAAUUAGGUCUCCACAUGCAUGAGUGGGUGAUCAUGUGUCAAGUUUAUGCAGGUUAGCAUGCACUUUGUCCGUUGGAAACGAUGUAUCAUUAGGCGAAGGAGGUUGUCUAUAAAUAUGCAGUGCGAUGGAUAGGGGUUGGUUUGUGCUGAAAGCAAGCUAGCUGGGAGCAUAGUAGAAGAAGAGAGAGGCCACCUCGUGAUGAAGAGGCUGGUGGUCCUGAGGAGGUGCGAGCCGAUCGUGCGGUUCAGCUGCUGCGGCGUGCGGUACGGCGAGUGCCGCCGCAACCACGCCGCCAGCACGGGGGGCUAUGCCGUGGACGGCUGCAGGGAGUUCAUCGCCGAGGGCGAGGAGGGCACCUUCGGCGCACUCAAGUGCUCGGCCUGCGGCUGCCACCGCAGCUUCCACCACAGGGUGCAGGUCUAUGAGGUUGCAUGGGACUGCGAGUCCGACACGUCGUCGUCGUCUUCAAGCAGCAGCUAGGCUGCUGCCGCUGCCAUUCCCCUCCAUCGUCAAGCUGCUGCUGCUGCAUCAUGUCUACUCUAGGACCCCUAUGAUUGUUAGCUGAUCCUGUAUUGAAAUACUUAUAAUAACUCAAAGUGAGCAUCUCUAGUCUACUCUCCGGUGUCUUGUUUGUUCCCUCCUCCUGAUUGUAAUCCCAUGCAAGCUCAUGUUAUCUAUCUAUCUACAUAUUGCUUCUCUGAA